AAGAUACGAACGCAUACUCGUUAUGAUCAGAUAUUAUUAUUUUUUGUAAUGAUUCAAAAAAUGAUUCUUAGGUUAUUUAGAUCUUAUUUUAACGCAAGUGUUAAUAUAUGUACACGUGCUAUACUAAUAAUUAUAAGUGCUAUUAUAUAUCAAACGUUUGUUAUAGUUGAAGUGUUUUUGAACAAUUUCAAUUUAGUCUACCCACCUUAUUUAGCUAAUCUUAUAAGAAUGAUGCAGAAUUUUGUUACUGAUGUCCUCGGAUACAUACUAAGUAUAUUAGCGUAUGAGACAGCCAUGAUGAACAUAUUCGUUAGAAGACUUCUGCGGUUCCUGGUGUCUCUUUUGGCAAUAAUUGUCUACCCUUUAACAUUUUUCGUAAAUAUCAGACGAACUAGAAAAUGUCCUCCGCCAGUUAACCCUCUGCUGUUCAAGUCCGCUACUACCUUAGCCAUGAUGAUCAGGAAGAAAGAGAUCACAUCAGAAGAAAUAGUAGCGGCUUACAUAGAAAGAUGUAAAGAAGUGAAUCCGUAUGUGAAUGCUAUAGUCGAGCCCCGAUAUGAAGCAGCAAUACGAGAAGCACGAAGUAUAGACAAGAUGAUAGCUUCGACAGAAAAGUCCGCCGAUGAGCUAGCUAAAGAAUAUCCCCUUCUAGGACUACCAAUGACAGUGAAGGAAAGCAUAGCUGUGGAAGGCAUGAGUAACGACUGCGGCACAGUAUACCCAUAUAGGAACCCAGCUAAAGCAGACGCUGCUAUUAUAAAACUAGCGCGAGCAGCCGGCGCUGUUCCCAUCGCUGUAACAAACACUCCACAGCUGUGCAUGAACUGGGAAACAUACAAUAAUGUAUUAGGACUAACUACUAAUCCGUAUGAUCAGCAACGCACAACGGGCGGAUCAUCUGGUGGUGAAGCGGCGUUGAUUUCAUCGGGAGCUUCGGUGAUGGGUGUUGGUUCCGAUAUUGCUGGAUCACUAAGACUUCCCCCUAUGUUUAAUGGUAUAUUUGGUCACAAACCUACGCCUAGGCUUCUAUCCGUGGAAGGUCAUGUACCCGACUGCUUAGAUCCAGAUUUUGAAGAGUAUUUCACACUUGGUCCCAUAGCCCGAUAUGCUGAAGAUUUAUCAUUAUUACUUAAAGUCUUGAAACAACCAGGAGCCCCUGACGUUCCAUUUGAUAAGCCCGUAGACGUAACAAAACUAAAAUUUUACUACAUGAAUGGCGAUGGCAGCAAUGUGUCGAAUUCAAUUGGAUCUGAUGUUAAAAAUGCAAUGAACAAAGCUAAAGAUUAUAUGAAGAAUACACACAACAUUGAAGUACAAGAGCUCAAAAUUAAGAACAUCGAACAUAUGUGGGAAAUAGGUAUCAGAGUUCUCUUGAACAUUAGACAUGUACGCAAUAUUUACACAGAUCCUGAGAAUCGUGAAAAAUGGAUAUCGAUCUGGCCAGAAGUUCUAAAGAAAAUGUUUGGACUAUCUAAUCACAACUUUUUAUGUGUAGCGUAUGGGCCUUUGCAAAAAUUUUUCGAUGCUCUACCAAAGAGUUAUUACAAAAAUUUGCUAUCUAUUUUUGAUCAAAUUAAAAAUGAUUUUGAGAAAGCUCUAUCGGACGACGCUGUACUACUAUUCCCUACAUUUCCAUAUCCAGCUCACAAGCACUACAGAAUUUAUUACAAAUUCUUAAAUUGUGGAUAUUUGACAAUAUUCAGCGCUUUAGGCUUGCCAGUGACUGCUUGCCCUAUAGAAUUAACGAGUAAAGGAUUACCAGUUGGAAUACAAAUCGUAGCAAAUAAAUGUAAUGAUCACUUGACUAUUGCCGUCGCUAAAGAAUUUGAGAGAGCAUUUGGUGGUUGGGUUCCUCCGAAUAAGGAACUUGGAGGUUACAUAAAGACUGCUUAGAAUAGAAUUAAAUAAUUAAAACGUAUAAUUAAUUUAUUUUGUAAGUCUGUAUUAUAUUCUGGUCAUGAUUU